CCCAAUGGAUCGAAUUUCCCCCUCAACUCCACCCAAAAUAAAAACCCGGCCCAGGAACAUCCUCACGGCGGUGCAAAGCAAAAUUUCGGAAGCCAUUCGCGACACCGAGAAUUCGCAGUAGCACUUCUCCUUGUAUCUCAAAAUCGCCGGCAACCGAAACACUACCCCCUAGAUUAUUUUGUGCAACUCCGCAAGUAAGAAACUCUAUCACAGGAGCAAUCAACAAAAACCCUAACAAUGGGGAAGAAACAGCACAGCAAAGACCGAAUGUUCAUAACCAAGACAGAAUGGGCAACGGAAUGGGGAGGUUUCAAAUCCAAAGAAAAUCGCACCGCUUUCAAACGUCUUCCUUUUUACUGCUGCGCACUUACUUUUACUCCGUUUGAGUUUCCGGUUUGUACACCUGAUGGAAGCGUUUUCGAUGUUAUGCACAUAACUCCAUAUAUUGUAAAAUACGGUAAACAUCCUGUUACUGGAGCUCCACUGAAGCAGCAAGAUCUCAUUCCACUAACUUUUCACAAAAACUCAGAAGGAGAAUAUCACUGUCCAGUGCUAAACAAAGUUUUCACUGAGUUUACACACAUUGUUGCAGUCAAGACUACUGGAAAUGUCUUCUGCUAUGAGGCUGUUAAGGAGUUAAACAUCAAAACAAAAAACUGGAAGGAGCUCCUCACCGAUGAGACAUUCACUAGGGACGACCUUAUAACUAUUCAGAAUCCUAAUGCACUUGACCAGAAGGUUCUUCUGGAUUUUGAUCAUGUUAAACAAAAUUUGAAAAUUGAUGAUGAAGAACUACAGAAAAUGAGUUCAGAUCCAACCUAUAACAUAAACAUGUCGGGUGAUAUCAAACAAAUGCUUAAGGAGCUUGGAACUGAGGAAGGAAAGGAAACUGCAUUGCAUGGGGGAGGUGGUGGCAAGGCACAAAAAGAAAGGGCCGCUGCACUUGCUGCCAUCUUAGCUGCAAGGUCACAAGUUAAAGACGAUUCCAAAUCGAAUGCUGAUGCAGCACCUCAGGCACUCAGCAUUGUAGAUGCUGCAUCUGCCUCAGUACAUGGAAGAAGUGCAGCUGCUGCUAAAGCCUCAUCAAGUGAUAAAACUGCUGCCAGAAUAGCUAUGCACGUUGCUGGUGACAGGGCGCCAGUGAAUGCAAAGAUGGUUAAAAGUCGUUACACUACUGGUGCUGCUUCCCGAUCUUUCACUUCAACGUCAUAUGAUCCAGUUACAGAAAAUGGUUAUGAAUAUGUGAAAGUCGAGAAGAAUCCAAAGAAGAAGGGAUAUGUACAACUGCAUACAACACAUGGUGAUUUGAACAUUGAGCUUCAUUGUGAUAUAGCUCCCAGGGCAUGUGAGAACUUUAUCACACUUUGUGAGCGUGGAUAUUAUAACGGAGUUGCUUUUCAUAGAAGCAUUAGGAAUUUUAUGAUACAAGGUGGUGAUCCUACUGGUACUGGUAGAGGUGGUGAAUCGAUUUGGGGAAAACCUUUUAAGGAUGAACUCAACUCCAAAUUAGUCCACUCCGGAAGGGGUGUGGUUAGCAUGGCAAACAGUGGCCCACAUACUAAUGGUUCCCAGUUUUUCAUCUUGUACAAAUCUGCAAAUCAUUUAAACUUCAAACAUACAGUUUUUGGAGGAGUAGUCGGUGGCUUGACUACACUAGCAGCAAUGGAAAAGGUUCCUGUUGAUGACAGUGACCGACCUCUGGACGAAAUCAAGAUAACAGGUGUCACAACUUUUGUGAAUCCUUACACCGAACCAGAUGAGGAAGAAGAGCAAGCUAUUGCCAAAGAGAAGAAUGCAAAUGAUGAAGAAAAUGACAACGUUGGCUCAUGGUAUAGUAAUCCUGGAGCUGGAACAUCUGAAUCUGGAGCUACGGCAGUUGGCAGCGGUGGUGUUGGCAAGUACUUGAAGGCUAGGAGUGUUCCAACCGAAUCUGCUGCUGCUGCCGUCGACACCGGUACAGCCGUUGUAGGAAAGAAAAGAAAAGCAGUUGUCAGUGGUGGAUUUAAAGAUUUUUCUGCAUGGUAAUUAUCCCAAAUUUUAAGUACAGUUUGUAAAUCAGUGUAGACUUUUCUUGUAAUAAUUUAUUAUAUUAAAAAAAAUUGAUAGUGGAGAAUACUCCGUUUUUCUUUUGCACGCCAUUCAAGAUUUUUACAAUCAGUGUAACUGUAUUGGAUUGGAUACAAGAAUAGAAUCAUUCUGUCUUGAGUGUGCUCUCCCCCUUCUCUCUCACAGGUUGCUAUCACGCUCCUUUGCUGCCUAGUUUGAAUUUUCAUAAACAGUGUUAAGAAUUUAACAACUCUAUUCCAUACCAGUAAGAUUCAUUACUUUACUCUCUAAAGUUAGAGGAGCCUUGUCCAAGGGUAUAAGGUUUGUUUAAUCCAAUUUUUUUUAGUCAAGUAGAGGUGACGUUUCUUGGUAUAUAAGGUAACAUUAUGGAAAGAGGUUAUGAGAAAUACCUUAAUAUAAAAAGUAGUAUAAGUCCAGU